CCAUACACCAUGCUUCUCCGCCCCGUUGGGCCGGCGUUGUGGGAUGCACCACCUCGAGCUUUACCCGGAUACACGGCGCACCCUAUCUGCAAAUCCAGAACCAGGAUUUGCCGCAAACUUCGCCCUCCUACGUCCCAAGCUCACAUGUUCUGGACUUGAAUGUGGGAAGCCACCUCGAAAGUCUCAUUAAAAAAAAAUUCCGCACUCUAUCGAUCUGUUACGGGGAGCACCGGGGUGAAUGCCGACCGCAAUCUGGAUACUUACCUGCUCAAUAUGGGUAAGAGAUCUACACCCGGGAUAGCCAUGCGCAUGCAACGUCGGAGGUGGAACCAUUACCGACUUAUCAUGGUUUAUCGGUCGUGCAUAAGAUAACCCAUGGCCCUGCAGAAAGCUUGAAACAUUUUGUUCUGUUUCCUCACUUAUUUUCGUUGGAUCACAGCUGUACGCCAUGGCGACUGACACGAAGGAUUCCGAGCCACCAGUCGAGGUUCGCAAGCUGUCGACGCAGCAGGAUCAGGAAAACGCGGAGGAAGUGGCUGAAGCAAUCGCAAUCGAGCACACACUCUCCUUCUGGGAUGCUGUGAAGCUGUAUCCUAAGGCGAUAGGAUGGUCCAUGUACUUCAGCUUAGGAGUUAUCAUGCUCUCAUUUGACCCCCAGUUGCUCGGCAACCUUUACGCCAUGCCAGCCUUCCAGAGAGAUUUUGGUUACAAAUUUGGCGAUGGCUACAUCAUAUCUGCAGCAUGGCAGACUGGCUUGAGCAUGGGUAAUCCAAUCGGACAAGUUCUCGGCGCCCUUGCAGCUGGGUAUCCCAUGGAGUGGUAUGGCAGGAAGAGGACGUUCAAUGUGUGCGUGCUUGCUGUUGCCGGCCUGGUUUUCAUCCAAUUCUUCGCGCGUUCGCUGCAUGUGCUGCUUGCGGGAGAGUUACUGGCUGGCCUCGUCCUAGGAGCCUUCGUGGUCAUCGCGCCAGCGUACGCCUCGGAAGUCACUCCGUUAGCGAUGCGCAGCGUAUCGACGUCGUACGUCAACCUCUGCUUCGUCACGGGACAACUUCUCGGAAACGGCGUCACGGCGGGCACCAAGAAUCUCGACACCCACUGGGCAUACUCCAUUCCCUUCGCGCUACAGUGGUUCUGGGUCUUGAUCAUCCUCCCAGGGAUGUUCUUCGCGCCGGAAAGCCCUUGGUGGCUCGCACGCCAGGGCAGGCUCGAUGAUGCCGAGGUAUCUCUCCGCCGCCUCUCGAGCAAGCACGUCAAUGUCAAGGCCGUGCUCGCCCAGAUCAUUGAGACCGAUAAACUGGAGACGCAGAUGGAGGCCGGAAGUACCUACACGGACGUCUUCCGCAAGGUGAACUGGCGCCGCACCGAAGUCGCUAUCGGCGUGUAUGCCACGCAGGUGCUCUGUGGUAUCUAUCUCAUCAAUUACGGCACGUAUUUCUUCAGCUUGGCAGGGCUGAACACCGAGCAAGCCUAUGAUAUGGGCAUCGGAUUCUUGGCCGUAGGUUGGGUCAGUACGAUCUUCAGUUGGUUCUUGAUGCAGAGAUUUGGGAGGAGGAUUCUUUAUAACCUGGGUCUUACGAUACUCAUGAUCAUCAUGUUCCUGGUCGGCAUUCUGGAUGUGGUGCCAACGAAGGGCGCGAUCUGGGCGCAGUCCGCGUUACUGUUGGUCUGGAACUUUACGUUUGAUUGGAGUGUCGGCCCCGUGGCCUAUGCAAUCUUCUGCGAAGUCAGCGCGACCCGCGUGCGCUCCAAGACCAUCGCCGUUGCCACCGCCGUUCAAGCCAUGGUCGGCAUCGUCAUGACUGUCGCUAUCCCAUACCUAAUCAACCCGGAUGAAGCGAAUCUGAGGGGCAAGCUAGGUUUCUUCUUUGGUGGGCUGAGUCUGCCGUGUUUGAUCUGGUGCUGGUUUAGGGUACCGGAGAUGAAGGGACGCACGUAUGAGGAGCUGGAUAUUAUGUUCGAGAGGAACGUACCGACUAGGGAGUUUGGGCGUUAUGUUAUCUAAGGCGAGAAAGCUUCCCUAAGACGAGAAGGACGACUCGCGAAGUUUGGAAGGAUCUCCUUACUUUUUUACAUCCUCCGUCUUCCCUUUUC